AUGGCUCAAGGCCACAUGAUUCCUAUGAUUGAUAUCGCCAAAAUGCUAGCACAACAUGGUGUCAUCGUCACCAUAGUCACCACACAGCUUAAUGCAAAGCGUGUUGCCGCCCCUCUUGCUCGUGCUGUAGAAUCUGGGCUCCAGAUAAAGUCUGUUGAAAUUCAGUUUCCGUGGCAAGAAGCAGGAUUGCCGUAUGAGUCUGAGAAUUUUGACAUGCUGCCUUCACUAGGCUUAGGCUAUGGGAUUUUCGCUGCAGCCAAUAUGGUACAAGAGCCGGUAGAAAGAUUGUUUGAAGUGCUAACACCAAGACCGACUUGCAUAAUCUCGGAUAUAUGCCUUCCGUACACAAGUAAUGUGGCUACCAAGUUCGGUAUUCCAAGAAUCUCUUUCAGUGGGUUUUCUUGCUUUUGUACGCUGUGUUUGCACAACAUACAAAUUAGCAAUGUUCUUCAGAGUGUAAACUCUGAAUCAGAGCUCUUUGUUGUGCCUGGACUGCCUGAUCAUAUUGAAUUGGCUCCAAACCACCUUCCGUCUGCCAUGGUAGAUACGAAAACCUUUCCUGCUCAAGUUGCAGAUGCUGAAAUGCUGAAACAUGGGUUUAUUAUCAAUUCAUUUGAAGAGUUGGAGCCAGCAUACGUCCAUGAAUACAAAAGGGCAGUAGGAGAGAAAGUUUGGUGCAUCGGUCCAGUUUCCUUAUGCAACAAAGACGACGUAGACAAAGUUCAGAGAGGUAACAAGUCCUCAAUUGAUGAAUCUAAAUGCUUGAAGUGGCUUGAUUCACAGCAACCAAGGUCUGUAAUAUACGUUUGUCUUGGUAGUCUUUGUAAUCUAACAACCUCACAGCUGAUAGAGCUCGGAUUGGGCUUGGAAGCAUCGAACAAACCAUUCAUUUGGGUUACAAGAGGUGGAGAAAAAUCAAGAGAAUUAGGGAAUUGGUUUGAAGAGAAUGGUUUCAAGGAAAGGACUAAAGGGAGAGGCCUCAUAAUUCAGGGUUGGGCACCGCAAGUAGUAAUACUAUCACAUUCAGCAAUUGGAGGGUUCCUAACUCAUUGUGGUUGGAAUUCAAUACUAGAAGGGAUAUCUGCCGGCUUGCCAAUGGUUACAUGGCCGCUUUUUGGAGACCAGUUUUGUAACGAGAAGUUAGUUGUUGAAGUGUUGAAGAUUGGUGUAAAGGUUGGAUCAGAGGUUACUCUAAGGUGGGGAGAGGAAGAGAAAUUUGGAGUGUUGGUGAAGAAGGAAAAAGUAAAGAAUGCUGUAGACAGGCUUAUGAAUGAAGGAGAGGAAGGUGAAGAGAGAAGAAAAAGAGCUCAGGAGCUUAGCAAGAUGGCAAACAAGGCAGUGGAAGAAGAGGGCUCCUCUUAUCUCAACAUGAAAUUGCUUAUUGAAGAUAUCAGGCAACUGGCAUUUGUUGAGUAA